GGGGCGGCGGCGGCGGCGGCGCGGGCGGUGCUGAGGGGCCGCGGGGCCGGGCCGGGCCCGCCGCGGGCGCGAUGAGCCAGGGUGGCGGGGCCGCUGGCGAGAGCGGAGAGCCGGAGGCCAAGGUGCUGCACACCAAACGGCUGUACCGGGCAGUGGUUGAGGCCGUGCACCGGCUGGAUCUCAUCCUUGGCAAUAAGGCAGCUUAUCAGGAUGUGUUCAAACCAGAGAACAUCAGCUUGAGGAACAAGCUGCGGGAGCUGUGCGUGAAGCUGAUGUUCCUGCAUCCUGUGGAUUAUGGAAGAAAAGCAGAAGAACUGCUCUGGAGAAAGGUUUACUAUGAAGUUAUCCAGCUCAUUAAAACAAAUAAAAAGCACAUCCACAGCCGCAGUACCCUGGAGUGUGCGUACCGGACUCACCUGGUGGCUGGCAUAGGAUUUUACCAGCACCUUCUGCUCUACAUCCAGUCUCAUUAUCAGCUGGAGUUGCAGUGCUGCAUCGACUGGACACACGUGACAGACCCUCUCAUAGGCUGCAAGAAACCUGUGUCUGCGUCAGAGAAGGAGAUGGAGUGGGCACAGAUGGCUUGUCACCGAUGUCUGGUUUAUCUGGGAGAUCUAGCCCGCUAUCAGAAUGAGCUGGCAGGUGUGGACACGGAGCUGCUGGCUGAGCGAUUUUACUAUCAAGCCCUUUCUGUUGCACCACAAAUUGGAAUGCCCUUCAACCAACUGGGGACGUUGGCAGGGAGCAAAUACUACAAUGUGGAAGCAACCUACUGCUACUUACGCUGCAUCCAGUCUGAAGUGUCCUUCGAAGGUGCCUAUGGGAACCUGAAGCGGCUCUAUGACAAAGCAGCCAAGAUGUAUCAUCAGCUGAAGAAAUGUGAAACCAGGAAGUUGUCUCCAAGCAAGAAACGAGGAAAAGACAUUAAGAGGUUGCUGGUGAGCUUCAUGUACCUGCAGAGUCUUCUGCAGCCAAAAAGCAGCUCUUUGGAUUCUGAGCUGACAUCUCUCUGCCAGUCUGUACUGGAGGAUUUCAACCUGUGCUUGUUCUACCUGCCCUCUCCUCCUAACCUGAGCUCAACUAGUGAAGAUGAAGAAGAAUAUGAGAGUGGCUACUCCUUCCUUCCUGAUCUCCUGAUCUUUCGCAUGGUGAUCAUCUGCCUUAUGAGUGUUCACAGCCUCAAGAGGGCAGGUUCUAAGCAGUACAGUGCAGCCAUUGCCUUCACACUGGCCCUCUUCUCUCACCUGAUAAAUCACGUCAAUAUUCGCCUCCAGGCUGAGCUAGAAGAAGGGGAAAAUCCUGUCCCAGCCUUUCAGAGUGAUGGCACAGAUGACCAGGAGCCCCGGGAGCCUGUGAACUCAAUUGACAAGGAAGCUGUAGCUGAGUUGGCCAAUCAUCAGCCUAGUGAGGAACAGCAGAAGAAUGACUGCAAGAAAAGCAAAAAAUACUCUCGCCUCUCCUGUCUGCGCCGCCGCCGCCACCCCCAGAAGGCGGAUGAGAGCGACCUGAGUGAGGGCUUUGACUCUGACUCCAGCCAGAGCUCCAUCAAGGGCAGUGACGGCUCAGAGAGUGGUUCAGAGAAGAGUGAUGAGGAAGCAGAAGCUGCUUUUGAUGUGGAGACAGACUCCGACAUGAACAGCCAAGAGUCUCGGUCUGACUUGGAAGACAUGGAGGAUGAACCAGGUGAAGAGGGAAGCAGCCAAGGCAAAAGUGGGCCCAAAGAGGCCUUAGAAAACUUCAAUGGGCCAGCUUCCCUGAGCACUAAUGAUGCAAGCAUAGCCAGUAAUCUCCAGGCCAUGUCCACCCAGCUGUUCCAGACCAAACGCUGCUUUCGCUUGGCUCCCACGUUCACCAACAUCCUCCUGAAACCCAGCAGUGAACCAGCUGCCUUGAAGGAUGGGAUAGAGAGCAAGCCAUGUGUCAAUGGAGAUCUGGAGAAGCCCAGCUUGGCAGAGCAAGUUGAUGUGUCUGACUCUGAAGAAAGUAUUUCAAGUAACAAAUCCUGCAGAAAUGAGCGAUCCCUUCAGGAGAAGUUGGAGAUCGUGACCAAUGAAGGGCUGCUGCUUACUGUCAAGGUGUUCCUGGACUGGCUGAGGACAAACACAGACCUCAUCAUUAUGUGUGCUCAGAGCUCUCAGAGCCUGUGGAACAGGCUAUCUGUGCUCCUGAACCUUCUGCCUUCUGCUGCAGCCCUGCAGGAAUCAGGGCUGGCCCUGUGUGAUGAAGUUAAAGACAUCCUGAGUGAUGCUGAGCUCCCAGACCUGAAGGCCAACCUGCUGCUCCCUGAAGAUGUGGCCCUGCGCAAUCUCCCCCCUCUGAAAAAUGCACACAAGAGGUUUAACUUCGAGCAGGACAGGCCCAUUUUCUCAGCAGUUGAGGAGUCUGUCGUGCGGAUCUGCUGCAUUCGGAGCUUUGGCCACUUCAUUACCCACUUGCAAGGCAGCAUCCUGCAGUUCAACUCAGAGCUUGGGAUCUUCAUCAGCAUAGCACAGUCAGAGCAGGACAACUUGCUGCACCAGGCCCAGGCCCAGUUUCACAUGGCUGCAGAGGAAGCUCGUCGGAACAGGCUCAUGAGAGACAUGGCUCAGCUUCGACUGCAGCUGGAAGUGUCUCAGCUGGAGGGAAGUCUCCAGCAGCCCAAGGCGCAGUCAGCCAUGUCUCCUUACCUUGUUCCGGACACCCAGGCCCUCUGCCAGCACCUGGCUCUUGUCAAGCAGCUGGCUGCUAGUGGGAGGUUCAUAAUCAUUAUCCCUCGAACAGUUAUUGAUGGCCUAGACUUCCUGAAAAAGGAGAACGCUGGUGCUAGGGACAGCAUUCGGUAUCUGGAGGCAGAAUUUAAGAAGGGAAACAGGUACAUUCGUUGCCAGAAAGAUGUUGGGAAGAGCUUUGAGAGGCAUAAAUUGAAGAGACAAGAUUUAGAUGCCUGGAAUCUCUAUAAAAUACUGGACAGCUGCAAACAAUUGACAGUGUCGCAGGGCAGCGGAGAGGACGACACCAUGGGAAUGGUCACCAUCAUCACAGGCUUCCAGCUGGAGGACCCGAGCUUGUUCUCAGUGCCCAUGCAGUCUGCCGUCCAGGCAGCCGCCAAUGCCAGCAUAGAGAUAAAAAAUGUUCUGGAGUUCUACAAGCAGUGGAAAGAGAUGGGCUGAUGGUUAGAAAGGCAUCGGGUUGGUGAACCUUUUUCUCCCCCUCUCGCAACGUGCAGCGUCUGAACGAAGGAAACAACAAUCUGGGCGACACUUAAGACACGAAGAAGCAGCAACAGCAACAAAAAUACCUACCCAAACGAAUUAAAAAAAAAAAUCCAAUGUGGGCACGCACACUGACACCCUCCACCUGCAUCCUGACCAGACGGCUGUACAGCUCUGAUGGCGCCAGCUGCUCUGAGAGAGGCCCCUCGGUAUGGCCGGGGCAGAGCUCUGCCCUUCUUCCAGUCGGCAGAGAUGGGCGAGAGACGGGCAGUCCUUCAACCCCCUCCUUCCCUCCCAAAGCUUGCUUGGCCAGCAGAAGCAGGCUGGUGGUUCAAAGCAUUGACUUAACCUCAGCAAAACCAAACCAAUAUGGCAGAAAUGGAAUCCUCCAGCUUGGGAAAGAAGAUCCAAAGAGUGUUUUGCUCUUGUUUGGCAAUCUGGGGACAGGAAAGUGGAUAGUAUUUCUCCCCCCCAACCCAAUAUUGAAUUAAUUAUUUUUCAAGGGUUUUUUCCUUUUAAUUUUUAGUUUUUAUAUAUAUGAAUAAUAUUAAAAAAAAAUAAAAAAGAGGAGUUCCUUUGGGGUUUUGGAUACUCUUCCAACGUCAGAAAGAAAAGGAAACACUCUAUUUAAAAAGGGGGGAAAGCUCUUAAUAUAAUUUUUUUUGUCUUAGAACAAGCAUAUUUAUUUCCUUUCCCAGGCCCUCAUGGAGAGGGCUCAGUGCAAAGGGAUGUUGUCCUGUGAGGAGGGGGCAGGCCCAUGUUGCACUCCACUCUCCCUGGGAGCUGCACGCUUCAUGAGCAACACAAGCUUGACUGCACUGCUCCAGGGAGGCCACAGGACUCUAGGGGCAUGUGAGUGCCAUCCCCAGUUUCUCCCACUUUGCAUUAGACCUUGGAGAAAAGGAGGAAUCUGGCAGAACUGCUGAAAGAGAAAGAAGAGCUGGGUGGGAUUCAUACACCAUUAAGGCUCAAAUGCUUGGCUUGAGCACUGCAACAUUGGGAUGGAGCAGAUGUCUCCAAAGGACCCAAAGCCUCUUUUUCAUCUCUUCUUUUUUUCCCUUUUUUUCCCCACUAAAUCUUUCAGUAGGGUGUGGAGGACGAAGGAGAAUCUCAAAGCCAUUAUUUUCUGCUGGUUGUUUGAAGCAUCACUGCUGCAAUGCUGUGCUAGAGAUGGUGACAGAGCUGGAGUGUUUGUGUCCCCCUUUCUCAUGUCCUUCUGGGCUGGCAGAGGCAGUGUCAUGACCACUGCUGCCCAGGAGCACUGAGUUCAUGGAUUGUUCCAUGCUUUUCACAUCCCAAACAGGAGGGCUGAUGCUGUCUGCACGGAUGCUGGAAGAGCUGGUUCCUGGGUGAGCUGUGAGGGAUCCCUCAGACCUCCAUCCUGACAGCAUCUCAAGCAACCUGUGUCUGACACGCUGUCACUUGCCCAGUGCUCGGAUAUGAAGCUGCAGGUUGCUUGCAGGGCAGCACGAGAGAGGCUGGGCAGUCUCUUCAUGCUCCCUCUUGCAUCUCUGUGCCCACGGAACAGAUGUGUCCAUCCACAUGAACCAGCAGCAGCUAUGCAAGUACAAACCACUGGAGUCUUCUAACUGUGUUCUCAUAUGGGCCAGCCAGAAGCUGCUACAGCCAGAGCAUAACAUGAGAAGCUGAGUCACGUACUCUACUCUGUGUAGGCUCCAAGCGUGCUGUGUUGUACUGCCGGGGCAGGAUGUUCCUUGUUUUCAGGUAAAAACUAAAAAUACCAGCACAAGUACCAGAGGAUUAAUUUCCAGUUCCAGCUCCUCUACAGCACUGCAGAGGGAAAUGCGUGCAUGGUGCAUCUGGUCCAUCCCUGGAGGCUGACAGGCUGGUUGUAAGGGACAAGGGUUUCCUUGCAGGAUCUUCCCUUUUACAGCUUCCCCUGAAACUUAGAAUGCUUUGCUUGGCUAAGCCAAGAAAAGGUCAUACGCAAGACAGCAGGUCAGAGACUCUGGGACACCUUGGGGAUUCUUGGAGAUCUGAGAUGGGUUGUAGAGCUCCCAGUCACUCUUUCCUCCAGUGGUUUUAUUUGAAGCCAUUUGUUUGUGUAGCUCAUUAUUUCUGUUUGAUGGCAUAGAAAAAGAGAAGGGAAUCGCCUUGCGGGGACUGUUCUUGAGGUGAAACCUUCCUUGUCUGGCAGGAGGCAUGGGGAGUUGAUGUGCUCUGCAUUUUCCUGCUGCUGAAGAAACCCCCACUGAUCCUGGCUGCUGAGCGCAGCAGAGGAGUCCAGAGGUCACUGGGGCUGAGCCCAGUGUGUGUGUCAUGAAAGCCUCAGUGUCACUCUUGUGGCUGCACUGGGGGUUGGUGAAGAGAAGCAUUGCUGGGCUGUGGUCAAAGCAAACAGACUGCUCGGGGCAGUCUUCAACUUCAUUCGGUUGAGCAUUCCUUAGGUCUUGGCUGGAUCUUGAGGGGAGAGAAGAGCAGUAUAGGUAAAGCAGCAUGCCAGAGAGAAUUCCUGUCUUGCUGAUGACAAGUGUUUCGGUUCAUGGCAAGCAUCUUCAGUUCUUGUAGCUCCCACAGCUGUGCAGGGUAGCAGCUGCAAGCCAAGUGCUGUGCAGUUGGGCAGGCUUAGGAGGAGCUGUGUUCUGAGUCAUUGAGGCCUUAUGUGGGCACAGGAUCCAGUUUAAGAAUAAAAGUAAACGAACUCCAUUUCUGUAACCAGAGACAGUGGAGCUGCUGUGAGCCCUUGUGGGGCUGCAUGGCAACAGCAGGGGUUGCUCACAGCUGUCCAUUAGUCACUGCUCUGGUCCCCUGAGGGAUUGGUUUAAUAUUCCAAGGUUUUGCAUACCUGGAGGGGAGAAAGAAGCCCUCACUGUGCAGUGGGGCAUCCUGACUGACCCCAUGGCACCUUCCGUUCUGGGCUGGAUGGGGAGGGACUGUGACCUUUAAAAAGGACACCUGAAGGGUCCCUGUGCUACCCUCUUCCUUUCCAGAGCACACAGCUGUGCUUGGGGACCUGGUGAAUGGUUUUUGGAUUUGCAUCCCCAGAGCUGAAAAACUGAGAGGCUUUCAGUGUGGGAGCAGUGUGGCUGCAGAGCAGCCUUGGGGAGAUAGCAUGUAGUGUCCUCCAGCAAGUGUGGCCUUCUGAGGGUACUCAACAUAUCAACCCCAGGAUUGGGGUAAAGGAAGGUACUUCCUGUCCCCAUCCCAGCACUCAGGAUGAGCUGAAUUUGAGGAGUUUCCUCCUCAAACAGAUCUGCUCUGACAGAGGACCACUGAAUUCCUCCCCUGGCAUGGUGAAUGCUGGUAAGUGGGUCUUGGGGUGGAAGCAAGCGGGAUGGUCUGUGGGAGGUUCUGUGCAGCCUGUGGCUGCUGUGGUGCUGCAGCAGGGGGCUCCCUGAGAACCCCCCACCCUGUGCAUCCUGAUCCAAACCAGAACGAUAAGCUGCCUCAUCAGGAGAGCAUCAGGCAGGAUAGAGACAGAGCAGGCUCUGGCCAUGGCUCUUCACUGCAAUGCUGCUCCUGCACCAACUCCAGGCUUGCCCUGGAGCAGCUGUGAGGUCCUGCUGUGCUGUGAAGGAGACCAAACAAAAACCAUCUUGUGGGCUGAAAAUAAGAGUUUUCCUAUGUUCUUGUGUGUUUCUUGGGUUUGGUUUAUCUUUUCCUUACCACCCUCUUGAGUUGUUGGGGGUUUUUGGGAUGACCCCUUGCUGGGAGGACACAGGUCUGUGGUGGCUGAGACUGGCUGGGCUGUCCCCAAACCAUGGUGGACACAGUCACUGGUCUUGUUGGACUUCUGCUCCAUGGUUUCAUGGGCUGUUCCAAGCAGCUCCUCUGGUCCCAUCCUUGCUUGGCUUGAGGCCACCCGCAAUGCCUUGGGUUUCGUCUCGCAUCUUCAAUUUAGGGCUCUUUUCCUUCUUGGUGUGCAGCAGUGCUGGCCAGGGUGGGGACAGUGAGGGGACUGUAGGUUCGAGGCGAGGGACAAUCACCUCUCCUCAGCCCUUGUGUGGCACAUGGGCUUGCAGAGCCAGGGAAGAUCGCUCUCAUUGAGGAACAAGGGGACAUGGGGCCCAGCUGGAAGAGGAGGGGCUGGGGUUCCCAGCAUAUGUCUGACCAUGGUCUGAACACAGCAACUGGCUUAAUAAAAUACCAGAUGUUUGUA